AUGGAAGCCAAGCAGCCAAGACCUUUUAGUGAUUUUCAGAAGCAUAGACAGGAGUUUACCCCAGUAUAUCCAGACUCAUUGGAUAUUAACAGCAAGAUCAACAUCAGAAAGGAAGACUUUGGAGUCAAAGAAGAAAUUAAGCCCUUGUUCAAGACCUUAUUAGGCGAAACAGGAAUGCCUUAUGUUGAGCUCCAGGUAGAUGAUUCGAGUGGAAAAAUCUUAAAAACUGCAGAACCCAUUAGGAUUGGGUGUGUUCUCUCAGGAGGACAGGCUCCAGGGGGUCACAAUGUCAUCUCUGGGCUUUAUGAUAUGGUCAAGGAUAUCCACCCAGAUUCCAAACUCUUUGGAUUUCUCAAAGGUCCUCACGGUAUUUUCACUGGAAACUUUGUUGAAAUUGAAGAUGACUUUAUGAAUGAGUACAGAAACAUGGGAGGAUUUGAUAUGAUAAGAUCUGGAAGAGAUAAGAUCGAAUCUCCAGAGCAAUUUGAGAACUCUCUUAAAUACUGUAAUGAUCUUGAGCUAAACGGACUUGUAGUAAUCGGAGGAGAUGAUUCAAACACCAAUGCAUGCCUCCUUGCUGAAUAUUUUAAUUCUCAUGAAAGCAAAUGUAAAGUUGUCGGAGCUCCAAAGACUAUUGAUGGUGACUUGAAGAAUGAGUACUGCGAAGUGUCCUUCGGAUUUGAUACUGCCACCAAGACUUACUCCGAACAAAUUGGAAAUAUUAUCGUCGAUAAUAGAUCUACAAAGAAAUACUAUCACUUCAUUAGAUUAAUGGGAAGAUCAGCAUCUCAUAUUGCUCUUGAGUGCUACCUUCAGACUAGAGCAGACCUCGUCCUCAUUGGAGAAGAGAUCUUUGAGAAAAACAGAACCCUCAAAGAAGUAACCAACGAGAUUGUAGAUGUGAUUGUCAAAAGAAAUGAACUCGGAAAGAACUAUGGAGUCUUCUUAAUUCCAGAAGGUAUUAUAGAAUUUUUCCCAGAAAUGAAGCCUCUGAUUUCCCAAAUAAACGACCUAUUUGGAGAAAAGACUGAUAUUGAAGACCCUAGAGCUUAUGUACUUGAGCACCUUACUGCCGAUAAUAAAGCCCUGUUUGAGUUUCUUCCAAAAGAAAUCGCAGACCAACUUUUGUUAGAUAGAGAUCCACAUGGAAAUGUCCAGGUUGCAAAGAUUGAAACAGAAAUUCUCAUGAUUUUGUUGUGUCAGAAGGAGCUAGAGGAAAGAGAAGCCAAAGGAGAGUACUCUGGCAAGUUCCACCCUCAAAGCCACUACUUUGGAUACGAAGGAAGAUGUGCGAUCCCUAGUAAUUUCGAUACACAAUAUUGUUACGCGAUUGGAAGAACUGCUGCAUCUUUGAUAUCGCUUGGUUACUCUGGUUACAUGGCAAUUAAUAAAAAUUUGCAAGAUUCAAAUCCGAAAAACUGGAUCUCAGCAGGAUGUCCUCUACCAACAAUGAUGGGAAUGGAAAGAAGGAAAGGAAAAGAUAAGCCUGUCAUCACCAAGUACAUUGUCGAGCUAGAUGGACCAAUGUACAAAACCUACCUCCAAUUCAAAGAUAGGUGGAGUCUUUACGAUUGUAAUGUUUCUCCGGGACCUAUCCAACUUCACGACCCUUCUUCAAUUGAUGUACCUUUCCUUGUCAGAUCUCCUGAUCUUGAACUUCUGGAGAAAGAGACUGAGGAUAGAAUCAAGCUUGAGAAGAGUUUAGAUGACUAUCAGCAAUACUUCACGACUUCAGAGACGAAUCUCUCACAAGAUGCCAAGAAAAUGCUAAGCUAUAAGGCUGGAAUUCCAUCUUUCCUUGAAAAUGGGGAUUAUGGAUGUGUCGUGGUUAGGAAAGCAAGACCCAAAAAUAUCGAUAUCGAGCAAACACUCCACGAACAAUACCCUUACCUAUCUAAUGACACCUACACCACUCACUUUACUGAGAUCGUUGAUAAAAAGGAUAUCAAAGUAUCAAAUACCUUUACUCAGGAUGAGGAAGUGCUUAGGCUUAAUGAAGAGUUGUCAGCCAAUCAGAAAUCUCAUAUUAAAAUCGGUAUUGUGAUUUGCGGAAGGCAAGCCCCAGGAAUGCACAAUGUUAUUGAUGGACUUCUAAGAUUUGCUAAAAACCAUGGAGAUGUAGAACUUAUUGGAUUCACGAAUGGAACAAAAGGAUUCUUCAAAGGAGAGCACAUUAUCAUAACUGAAGAAAAUUUUGCUCUCUACAGAAACCAAGGUGGAUGUGAAUUUUUAGGAAGAUCUGUUGACCAAAUCAGAACUCCAGAACACCAAGAAGCUGCUCUAGAGACCUGUACUAAGUUUAACUUAAGCGGGCUCGUUCUUGUAGGAGCUAGUCACUCACUCUCCGAUGCUGCUCAUCUCACUGAUAUAUUUUUGGAGAAAAAUAUCCAAACUAAAGUUGUUGGAGUUCCUUCAACCAUUUUCGGAAAUAUCUGUGGAAAAUAUAUCGAAUCAACGGUUGGAUUUGACACUGCUUCCAAACUUUAUUCACAGCUUAUUGGGAACAUUAUGACUGAUGCUGCUUCUGCUGUGAAAUAUUGGUAUCUCAUGAGACUCAUGGGAGGAGAUCCUUCUCAUCUAGCCUUGGAGAGUGCUCUUCAAACCGGUCCAAAUGCAGUUCUAAUCUCAGAAGAAAGUGCUAGAGAUAAUGAGGCUCUUCCUGCAAUUGUAAGCAGACUGUGCGAUUUAAUUCAAAAGAGACACGAGGAAGGAAAGGACUUUGGAACAAUCCUCAUCCCAGAUGGAUUGCUUUCACAUCUCUCUCAUUAUUCUACCAUCAUUGACGAGCUCAAUCAAGCUUUCAAUAGUUGCACUACAAGCGAAGAAGUCGAAAAACUUGAAGAAAAAUUACUAAAUUCCCAGGAUGCAGAUGACUGUCUCACUCCAUGGAGUCUCUCAGUUUUCAAUAUCCUUCCAGAUUUCAUUAAAAAGCAACUCUUUAUUACCAGAAAGAUCACAGGGAAGUUCGAUCUUGCUCAAGUCCAGACUGAGAAGCUUAUCAGUCACUUGAUUACUGAAGAAUUUAGGAAGAGAAAGGAAGAAACCGGAGUAAAGAUUCCAUUCAGCCCAGUUACUCACUUCUUUGGUUAUCAAGGAAGAGGAUCUUUGCCAAGUCUCUUCGAUUGCUCCCUUGCCUCUACCUAUGGCUACACUGCAGGUGCUUUAAUCGAGCAUGGACUUACUGGUAUGUGAGUUACCGCUAGAGGACUUAUGUCUGACCCAGCAGACUGGAAAGUAGGAGGAGUUCCAUUCAUUGCUUUAAUGGACAAAAAGGCUAAAUCUAGUGUUUAUGGAAGAGACAAAGUCUAUAUCAAAUCUGAAGAAGUCAACUUGAAUGCUUUCGUAUAUCAAAAAUCCAAGGUACUUUCUAAGCAAUGGGAGAUGAAUGACAAUUUUGUUAACCCAGGACCCAUCCAACUCUUUGGGGAAGGAAAGGAUAGAGUUAACAUGAAAGCCCACCUGGAGGCAAAAGAAUACUCCGAACAAGUGAGUACUAUCAAAGACUUGUGUAAUUUUAUCCAAAGAAGAUGCACAUUUGCAGAUGACGCAGGAAUUCUCAAAGCCGCUAUCGCCAGCUUAAAGGGUGUUGAUGAAACACUCUAAGUUGAGGAUAAGAAUCCGAUUAUUCGAAUAAGGUUCAUAUUCAACUCUCUUU